UUGCUGUGGAGCGAUUUGACGGAGAGAGCGUGCGUGUUUUAGUUCAAUCUGGACCAUCACUGUUACUCGGGGGUUUCUUCAAUUAACAUCAAUGUGCCUCAGCCAUUUGGAAAGAUAGUACUAGGAACAGCUCGCCUUUGUGAAUCUUGCAUGCAAGGAUCGGAGGAUCUUCUCGCCGGUCAACGGCUGCGUCAUUUCAUUUAUUUCUCAUGAUCUAUUAAUUAAACGGAGGCAUGAGGGAUUUCCUGAGGAUUACUAAUUGCUUUGUAAUACUGUGCCUGGUGCUGUCGUUGUGGACCCAGGUGUCCCAGUCCUCGGGCUAUUUCGAGCUUCAGUUGGUCUCCGUGCAGAAUGUAAACGGUGAAUUGUCCAACGGGGACUGCUGUGACGGUCCCAGAAACGCAGACCUGCGCUGCACCCGGGAUGAAUGCGAUACUUACUUUAAAAUAUGUUUGAAGGAAUACCAGGCGAAGGUCGCUACCACGGGCUCGUGCACCUUCGGAGCUGGAUCUACGAACGUUCUCGGUGGAAAUACUUUCUUUUUUACGAGUACUACUAAGAACAUGCAGAACAGGCUCGACGAGGCUGGCAAGGUGGUUAUACCUUUCCAGUUUUCUUGGCCGCGGGCAUACACGUUGAUUGUUGAAGCUUGGGAUUGGGACAACACUUCAACCAGCAAUCCUGAGCUGCUGAUCGAACGUCACGUCCACACUGGGAUGAUCAACCCUGGAGAAGACAGCCAAACAUUUCAGCACAAUGGACCAGCUGCAAGUUUCCAGUACAAAAUCCGUGUGAAAUGCAGCGAGAAUGACUACGGCUCUAUGUGUAACAAGCACUGCCGACCCAGAGAUGACUAUUUUGGUCACUUUGUUUGUGAUCAGAAUGGGAACAAGGCCUGUAUGGAAGGCUGGAUGGGGGAAGACUGUGUGCAAGCUAUUUGCAAACAAGGCUGCAACCUGCUCCAUGGAUCCUGUGCUCAACCUGGCGAAUGCAACUGCCAGUACGGGUGGCAAGGACAAUUCUGCGACGAUUGUCUCCCGUACCCUGGCUGUGUCCAUGGAACCUGUGUCAAGCCCUGGCAGUGUGCCUGUGAGAAGAACUGGGGUGGCUUGCUGUGCAACAAAGAUCUCAACUACUGUGGUACACAUCACCCCUGCAUUAAUGGAGGGACCUGCAUGAACACGGAGCCUGAUGAAUACAAGUGUGUCUGUCCGGACGGCUAUUCUGGCAAGAACUGUGAAAUUGCUGAACAUGCUUGUGUCUCAAAUCCUUGUGCAAAUGGUGGCACUUGUCAUGAAAUCCCAUCUGGCUUUGAAUGUCAUUGUCCCCCAGGGUGGAACGGUCCAACCUGUGCCAACGACCUUGACGAAUGUGCCUCCAAUCCCUGCGCUCGGGGGGGUACAUGCAUUGACCAAGUAAAUGGGUUUGAAUGCAUCUGUCCAUCUCAGUGGGUUGGCAAGACCUGCCAGAUAGAUGCUAAUGAAUGUGUGGGGAAGCCUUGCCUUAAUGCUUACUCUUGCAAAAACUUAAUUGGUGGAUAUUAUUGUGACUGCUUUCAAGGAUGGGAUGGCCAAAACUGUGACUUCAAUAUUAAUGACUGCAAUGGGCAAUGUCAACAUGGAGGGACGUGUAAGGAUGAGGUGAAUGGGUAUCACUGCCUCUGUCAUCCAGGAUUUGUUGGCAAACAUUGUGAAAUCCAGAUAAACAAAUGUGCGAGCAGCCCCUGUAUGAAUGGGGGGCGAUGCCAGGACCUGAUAGAUGGCUUCCUCUGUCAGUGCCAGCAGGGUUUCUCUGGUAUUUUCUGUGAGGUUAGAAGUAAUCCCUGUAACCCCAACCCUUGCCAGAAUCAAGCUUCAUGUUAUAAUGUUGGAGGAGAUUACUACUGUGCCUGUUCUGAAGACUAUGAGGGGAAAAACUGCUCAGACUUCAAAGAUUAUUGCAAAAACACCCCUUGCGAAGUAAUUGACAGUUGCACCGUCGCAGUUGCAACCAACACCACCCAGGAAGGUUUGCAGUAUAUUUCCUCCAAUGUGUGUGGACCACAUGGGCGAUGCAUUAGCCAACCAGGAGGAAACUUUACUUGUGCUUGUGAAAAAGGAUUUACUGGGAUCUACUGUCAUGAAAAUAUUAAUGACUGCAUUACCAAUCCCUGCAAAAAUGGAGGAACAUGCAUCGAUGGAAUCAGUUCAUUUCAGUGCUUCUGUCAUGAUGGCUGGGAGGGGAAUUUAUGUGAGAUUAAUGUAGAUGACUGUCGUCACAAACUUUGCAAAAACGGUGGCAAAUGUGUGGACUUGGUAAAUGAUUUCUACUGUGAGUGCCAGAAUGGUUGGAAAGGCAAAACCUGUCAUUCACGUGAAAACCAGUGUGACGCUAACACGUGCAGCAACGGCGGGACCUGCUAUGACGUUGGAGAUGCUUUUCGAUGUGCCUGCCCUCCUGAAUGGGGUGGCAGUACCUGUAAUACUGCAAAGAACAGCAGUUGUACUCCAAUCCCUUGUCAGAAUGGCGGAACGUGUGUUGGAGGAGGUGAUACUUUUACAUGCAUCUGCAAGGAAGGUUGGGAAGGAGCCACCUGCACACAGAAUACCAAUGAUUGCAAUCCUCACCCUUGCUACAAUGGCGGCAUCUGUGUGGACGGCAUCAAUUGGUUUCGAUGUGAGUGUGCACCAGGUUUCGCUGGACCAGAUUGCAGAAUCAACAUUGAUGAAUGCCAGUCAUCCCCUUGCGCAUAUGGUGCCACUUGCGUUGAUGAAAUAUAUGGGUACAGAUGCACCUGCCCUCCCGGAAGAGCCGGCCCCAGAUGCCAGGAUGUUGUUGGCAUUGGAAAGCCAUGCAGGUAUGCUAGUCUGCAGUUCCCCCAUGGAAGCAGAUGGGAGCAGGAAUGCAAUACUUGUCAAUGUUUAGCUGGAAACAUCGCUUGUACCAAGGUUUUGUGUGGUAGAAAGCCUUGUCUCUUACAGAAGCGUCUCGGACAAGAUAAUCACCAGUGCCCUGCAGGUCAACAAUGUCAGGAACACAAUUUCUUCACCUGUUUUUCACCACCUUGCCACGAAUGGGGUGUCUGCAGUGCCCCGGAGCCUCCUGUGCCCAUUAACACCCAAUGCCAGCCGCAUACGGGCUACUUGGAUAACGGCUGUGCGCGGAUCACGUUCAUUUUUAACAAAGACAAAGUGCCACGGGGCACCACUGUGGAGAACAUCUGCACCGAACUGAAGUACCUCCCAGCAACAAGGACGCUUGCCAAGGAGAGAUCUCUGCUGGUGCUUUGUGACAUCUCCUACUCCAAUGAAAAUGCUAUUGAAGUGGCUAUAUCAUUUGUGGACGACGAACAGGACCACGGCCUCAUCCAGGAUGCUGCCAGUACAAUCAUCAACACGCUCUCCAAAAGACAGAACAGCACCCUCAUGCUGGCUGUAGUAGAAGUCAAAGUGGAAACCCAAGUCAUGGGGAAAUCAACUGAUUACCUGGUUCCUGUUCUGUGUGUGGUGUUCACCAUUCUCUGUGUUUUCUGCAUCGCCAUCUGUAUCUGGUGGACCAGGAAGAGGAGAAAAGAGAGGGAAAGAAGCCAUCCAUCCAUAGAGGAGAAUGUCAACAAUCAGUGGGAACCACUGAAUCCUAUUAGGAAUCCUAUAGAUAAGCCAUGCAGUAACAGAGACAUGCAGUAUGAAUGCAAAAAAUUAAUGUCUCCUCCAAACAGAACUUGCGAUGGAGAGGACGAGGAGGAAGAGGAGCAGGAGAGGGCCAGCAUGGAAGUAGACAAGUGCCCCUCCCACAAGUGCACAAAAACUUUGCCUGGGAAAGGGGAUGCUGUCAGCACAGCAAACAGCACUCUGGUGAAGCAGCCGCACCGAACGGCCUACAGCUCAAAGGACAAUAGGUGUAAAAAUGUAAAUGCAGCUGUCAGCAAAGACGUGAUAGACAAUUACGUAUGAAAAAAAAAUAAUAAUAAUCCUCCGUGCCUACUUAAGCUUGUAUGUAAAAAUGGAAAUGCACAUCGUCGUCUUCAUCAUGGACU